AUGAGCAUUAGCGAACAUACAGGAAAUGAGGUCAGCAUAGCAGAACGAGAAAGGAAGGAAGAAGCCAUCGGCGCAGAUAAAAAUGACAAAGAUGUGCCACCUACAAAUGGUGAGAGUAUUUCCCUUCGAAUGGAGAAAAUGAAAGGCGAGGCAAAUGAUGAGGGUUCUGUAGAGGUGGGAAAUUGCUCUCCAGUUGUGGAAAACGAGUUGGGAAGUAGCGUUUUGUGUGUCGGCUGCAGUGGCGAGGCAUCCAACAUUGACGGAGGAACGACCAACAUUUCUGGUGAGGAAAAUCCCCGAACAGAGGCGGACGGUGAUAAGAAGGCGCAACCUGAAGGCAUCCUCCAUGAGGCAAAAAAGGUUAAAAAUGGAGUCGACGCGGAGACUAAAUCGAACGCCCAAGUUAGUAGCAACGGUACGUAUGUAGAGAACGCCCCGAAUGUAGAAGCCUCCCCGAAUGAUAACGCAUGUGGAGAGGGGCAUAGCAACACUCACGUGGUUGAUGAUGGGCCCCCCAAUGCUGCACCGACGAGCAAUGGUGAGCUCAUUGCAAACAGCGGUGGCGCGCUAAAUGUGGAGGAGGACGCACCGCUGGAUGAAGGAAAUUUCUCAGCGGAUGACAGACCCGAAGAGAACGCAGAGAGUACGGGCAGCUUCAUGUUAGAAGAAGACCUAAAUUUAUCCCGAAGAGCAUAUCGAAAUUUCCACAUAUGUUCAAUUUUUAUACAUGGGACUUUGUUAUUGAUGGUUAUAUUACUGAUGGGAAUUUUAUUCCACGAUUUUAUGAAGCCAUCUUCUGUUUCGCAGAAGGAGAAGAUAAUGACCUACUUCUGUGGGUUGCUCCUAAGCAUGCUAGGGUUACAUCUUUGCCUAAAUUUAUAUAUGUCGUUGGUGUUACUGAGACAAGCAGAAGUUUCAAAAGUGUUAAAAUCGGUGGAGGCCAAAAUUCAUGUUAUUGUUUUGGUGUACUUUUCCAUGUGCGCUUAUAUUUACUUUUUUGAAGGCAAAACGUACCCCAUAAGCUCCAUCUUUUCUUUCACCAUCAUUUUAGCUAUCAUAUAUUAUUUUAUGCCAAUAUUUUUAUACAUCGUUUUGAGGAUUCUGUUCAUAAUUGUCAUUUUGAUUUUAAUUUUUAUGAAGAGGAAGAGUCCCACGCCGAAGAAGAUUUUGAAGAAAUUGAAAAUUAUGAAAUAUAUGGAGUAUAGGAAGUACUGUGAGGAGGAGGCUUGCUUUCGUAGCGCCUAUUUUACCAACUGGAGGGAGCUCAACGGGGAGGGGGGGUCGACUCCACAGGAGGGAGUGACAGGUACGAGGGAGGCCAUGACGACCACCGCGGUGGAGGCAGGCACAGGGAUUGCUGCGUCCGGUGGUGAGAACAAGGGGGACGACAUUGCGGCAGUGGAACCCACGUCAAACUGCAAUGCGGACGGGAAUACGAUAUCUACGGCGACGUCCUGCGUGCGGGGCAGCAGCGCGAAUGAGCGGCCAACCCGCAGCGGCAACAGCAGCACGAGGAGCAACCUGGAGCGGCACCUUUUCUAUGAUCGCGCUGGGGGAGCCACUGGCAGGGGAGGGGGGUCCUCCAAUCGCGGGGGGGCGCAAGCAAGCGACAGGGAGGGCGGAAAUCAAAAUGGUAGGGAUAACGCCAGGGAUAACGCUAGGUGUAACGCCAGGGAUAACGCUAGGGAUAACGCCAGGGAUAACGCUAGGGAUAACGCCAGGGAUAACGCCAGGGAUAACGCUAGGUGUAACGCCAGGGAUAACGCUAGGUGUAACGCCAGGGAUAACGCUAGGGAUAACGCCAGGGAUAACGCUAGGGAUAACGCCAGGGAUAAUGCCAGGCAACACCCCCCCCCGAGCUACGACAACAGCCGCGAAGUUCCAAACGCCAGCGACGAAGCCAAUGGUGAGCCAAAUAAAGACGGCAAGUCAGCAGCCGUAUUUGAGUACUUCCAGAAAGUUUUGAAGAAGAAAAAAAAUGCCCUGGAAAGUGACAACGCGCAAGUGCAUGAAAAUUACGCGGAGGAAAAUUCCUUUCACAUAAACAUCGAGAGCUCCGAUUAUGUUUGUUCCAUCUGCUGCGUCGAAUACCUAAAUGACGAUGACAUUUGCAUUUUGCCUUGCAACUACCUGCACUACUAUCACAAGGAGUGUAUUUUCACGUGGCUGAAGAGGAACAACGACUGCCCCCUCUGCAGGAAGUGCAUUGGGAAGAUCUGA